CAGCGUCUCUCUGAGCCACACAGCGAGCGAUCUCAGCGAAGCCCAUGGGUCAUGGCGAGCGCGACUCCCAGUGAGAGUGUGGAUAGUGAGCUGCGCUGCCCCAUCUGCCUGGACACGUUCGUCUGCCCCUGCACGCUGAGCUGCGGACACUCGUUCUGCCUCCGGUGCCUGGAGACCGCCUGGAAGACGGCGAGCAGCUUCAGCUGCCCGCAGUGUCGAGCACUCUUCCCUAUGCGACCCCAGCUGGAAAAGAACGUGGCCCUCGACAACCUUGUGGAGCAGCUCAGAGUUGGAGAAGGGAUGGCCUUGGCCAUCGUGUGUGACAACUGCAGGGACGGCCACACUCCUGCAGUGAAGACCUGCGUGAGAUGCGAGACAUCGUACUGUGCGACACAUUUGAGGCCUCACUUGGAGAAUUCCAAGCUGAGAGAACAUCUCCUGGUGGCUCCCAUUGCAAACCUGGAGGAGAGAAGGUGUCGGGAGCACAGAGAGGAGCUCAUUCUUUACUGUGAACAGGACAAGAUUCCGGUUUGCCCAGUCUGCCCCGUCGCAGGAGACCACUCCGGGCACAGAGUCAUCACAGUGGAAAAAGCACAACAGACAAGACAGGAGGAGCUCAGAGUCAAGAAGGAGGGGAGAGAGGAGAAGAGGAACACGGCGGCGUCACGGACACGGACACUCAGGGACGACUACCGGCACGUGGAGGAGUCUCUGCGUGAGAUCAAGGCACGGAUCAGCCUAGAGUUUGAGUGCCGGAGAGAGCAGCUGAGGGAGGAGGAGAGGGAGGUGCUGGAGCGCGUGGACGAGGAGGGCUGCUCCGUGCUGUCCCGCAUCCAGGCGGACAUCACUCGCUACGAGAGCAGAGCACGCGGCCUGGAGCGGGAGAUCAACCAGCUGCUCACCGCCCUCGCCGUGCAGGAGCCGCUCUCAUUCCUGCAGGAUCCCCUGCAUGAGAGUCUCAGGAGCUCGGACUUGCAGGAGAUCCAGGAUGCGCCUCCUGCCACAUUCAGUCACCAAGAGCUCACAGAGGUCAUCUCGCUAGGAGGAGUGAAUAAGAAGCGCAUGGCUCUCGUGUAUGGACGCUCGCCGACUCUGGAUACAAACUCAGCCCACGACGACCUCCAGAUUUCCUCGGAUCUCAGGACCGUGACGCGAAGCGAUGUCCCCCAGCGUCGCCCCCAUCACCCACACCGAUUUGAGUGCUGUUACCAAGCCCUGUGCUCUGAGAGCUUUCCGUCGGGUCAGCACUACUGGGAGGUGGACGUGGGGAGCGCGAGGUGGUGUCGGGUUGGAGUGGCGUAUGGGACGAUCCCACGGAGAGGGAGUGGUUCUGAGUGCCGCCUGGGAGGGAGUGACGUCUCCUGGUGUCUACAGAAACGUGGCGACAGCUUCUCAGUGCUGCAUGGCGGGGUAGAGACCUCCCUGUCGGUGCCGAAGCCUCCGGGGAGAGUCGGGGUCCAUCUGGACUGGGACGCGGGGCUGCUGUCGUUUUACAGUGCCGACUCCAUGGCGCUGUUGCACUCGUUUCACCAAACAUUCACUCAGCCUCUACACCCUGGGGUGCUGAUGGGGAGGUGGUGGUUGGGGGGGUUGUUGUACGGUAAAGUUGUUGCCUCAGUGAGGAUUGUGGAUCUGAGUGGUGCGUCUUGAGAGAGGUGAACGUGAACAGCGCAGAGGGCAGACGCCACCGACGCACGGCGCUCGCCACCCUCGUUAGUGGCGAGGGGCUGCGUUGCUCUCCAUCACAACGGGGGGCCUGAUCAUAAACAAUCCUCACAACCUUCACGGGGUGGGGGUGAUAAAAUAAGUACCGCUCUGUGUGUGUGAUGCCAGCGUGGAUGUAUUCACCCUGCCAGAGGAGUGUGACUGUGGUGUAGGGGUGCAGUGAUCAGCAAUGGUGAACGGGGAUGUGUUUGUACACUGGUGUUGUCAUGAGUUGUGGGAGAGAUACAACAACAAAAAUAAUAUUAUAUUCUUUACGUUCUUUCGGUAAAGUCACGUAGAUAAAAAAAAGAUAAAAAAAACAUAAAAAUAAAAUUUUUAGAUGAAAAACCAAAAACGCAUGACGUUUUGAUCGCAGCAAGAAAAUUUUAAGUCAAAACCAUAAAAUUAUUGAUUUUAAAAAGUAUAAAUGUACGCUUACA